AUGGUUUCUGCUUCCAAAGCCGCUCGGGAUGCCAAGAGGGCUGCAGAGGGAAAGCCUGCGAAGAAGACCGUCGCCUCUCGCUCCAAGGCGGGGUCGAAGGACGCUUCUAAUGUCUCUUCAGACGUCGACGAAGAUGCAUCCGCUUCAUCCUCCAAGAACCAGGCCGAGAUCGACAGGCUUGCCUCUCAGCUCGAUAAGCACGGUCUCUCGGAUCGUGUUACAACUGGUGUCCUCAGCUCCCUGAAAGCCAGCAGGGAUGUCAAGAUCACCUCCGUCUCCCUCGUUUUCCACGGCCGAGUCCUCCUCACCGAUACCACCAUGGAACUCACCUACGGUCGCCGUUACGGUCUCCUGGGUGAGAACGGUUGCGGAAAGUCGACUCUGCUCAAGGCUAUCGACAAGCGCGAGUUCCCAGUCCCGGACCACGUUGAUAUCUACCUGCUCAACGAGGGUGCUCCUCCUAGCGACCUCGGUGCGCUCGAGUGGGUCGUCCGCGAGGCCGAGAACGAGAUGGAGAGACUCGAUAAGCUGGCGGAACAGAUUCUUGAGGAUGAUGGACCCGAGUCGCCCCUCCUGAUGGAUCUCUAUGAGCGUAUGGAAACCAUGGAUCCCUCUACCUUUUCUACCCGCGCAUCGCAGAUUCUGACUGGUCUCGGCUUCAACAAGAGCACCAUCACAAAGAAGACCAAGGAUAUGUCCGGAGGAUGGCGGAUGCGUGUCGCGCUUGCCAAGGCUCUCUUCGUGAAGCCCUCUCUCCUCCUCCUCGAUGACCCAACUGCACAUUUGGACUUGGAGGCCUGUGUGUGGUUGGAGGAGUACCUGAAGAAAUGGGACCGAACCUUGGUUCUCGUCUCUCACUCUAUGGAUUUCUUGAACGGUGUCUGCACCAACAUGAUUGAUAUGCGCUCUAAGCAGCUCAUCUACUACGGAGGUAACUACGACUCCUACUCGAAGACCCGAUCCGAGCAAGAGGUCAACCAGAUGAAGGCCUACACCAAGCAACAAGACGAAAUUGUGCACAUCAAGAAGUUCAUCGCUUCCGCUGGUACGUACGCCAAUCUGGUCAGACAAGCCAAGUCCCGGCAGAAGAUUCUGGACAAGAUGGAGGCAGAUGGUCUGAUCCAGAAGGUCGAGGAGGACCGUGUCUUCACUUUCCGAUUCGCCGAUGUGGAGAAGCUCCCUCCCCCGGUCUUGUCGUUCGACGACGUGACCUUCUCUUACUCUGGUAACACCAAGGACGAUCUAUACCGGCACCUUGAUCUCGGUGUGGACAUGGACUCCAGAACUGCUUUGGUUGGACCUAACGGUGUGGGGAAGUCUACCCUCCUCCGCCUCAUGACCGGAAAGCUCUCGCCUACGAGCGGUGUCGUCUCUCGCCAUACUCAUUUGAAGAUGGGGGUCUACUCCCAACAUUCGGCCGAGCAACUUGAUCUUACCAAGUCUGCGCUUGAUUUCGUCCGCGACAAGUAUGCCGACAAGUCCCAAGACUACCAAUAUUGGAGACAACAACUCGGAAAGUACGGUCUGUCUGGUGACUCUCAGACGGCCUUGAUGGGCACUUUGUCCGAGGGACAGAAGUCCCGAAUUGUGUUCGCUCUCUUGGCGAUCGACGGACCCAACAUGCUGUUGUUGGACGAGCCUACUAACGGUCUGGACAUUCCCACCAUUGACAGUUUGGCCGAUGCUAUCAACGCCUUCACUGGUGGUGUUGUCGUCGUUUCCCACGACUUCAGGUUGCUUGACAAGAUUGCCAAGGAUAUCAUGGUGUGUGAGAACCAGACGAUCCGCAAGUGGCCAGGAGGAAUCGGCGAGUACAAGAACCACCUGAGAAAGAAGAUGAUGGCUGCCGGAGCUGUGUAA